GGCAGCACCCUCUCAGAUUACAAUGAAACUUUCUGGGUAUGUACACCAAGACUAGAUAAGCCACUUUGCAUACUUAGUUUCUUCAAAAUUUAUCUGGACUGAUUUUUGAAAAGGGCUAAACUUUUUUUAUGGAUUUUUUUAAAAUGUUUUUAAUUAAAAAAUGACUACUCCUACAAAAAAGUGUUGUAUGGGUGAUUAUCACAAAAUAAGUCAAAUUUUAAGAAAAAAAUACUGAAAAAAAUCCAAAAUGAGCCCUACACUGAAAAAAAAUCAUUUCUAAAAAUUCAAAGUUGAUUUAAAAAAAACACCAUUUUUGAUUUUGAUGAAAUUUUGUCUCAAGACAGGUAAUUAUGUUCCCUACCAACCGUCCAUACAUCACAAGAUAGGCACUUUUAAGGAAAAAAAGUUUUUCUAACAAAAACUUUUUCAUGUCCAAAUUAUUAUUUUUUCAGUGUCUUUUUUUAAAAACAAACUAAACCAGUGAAGGUUAUCUAGUAAUCUCAAAAUGCAAUGAAACUUAUUGUGUCAUAUGCGACAAUGCAAUGCACCCAUAUUCACGCAGCAGCACUCUAGAAGUACGAAACAAUAUACAAUUAGAACACGCAUUUCAUACGUGCUGCUGUAAUUUCUACCCAAACGUUUCUACCCCAUGUUCUUGCCUAAUAUUAGGUAAGGCUGUUUAUUAGAUUCGAACUACCUAAUCGAAUAAAAAAAACAAAUCAAGAGUUGUACCUAAAGCAAAUAUGAACAAAACAAGAAAAUGAAUCGGUAUCAUUCAACGAGUUACUUCUCUUUGGUUAUUAAAGGCAGUUCUGAAAAGUAAUGGAUCAAUCGUAUAAAUCAAAAUUCAACAAAUUCAAGUGCAGUGCAAAAAUAAACAAUCCAAAGUGCAACCGUCAUAAUCUACGGGGCAUGUCAUUAAGAUUGAUAGAUAAAAUUCAUUCCAUGGGAUAUACACAUGAAAUCGACGAAUCGAUGAGUAUUUGUGAGUCAUGUCGUGGAUUGAUAAGUCACAACAGAAGCCCGAAUACGAAAAAACGCCGAUCGGAUGGAAACGACGAAACUAUGCAACCAUCAUUUAGUGGGCAGCAACAUCAUGAUGUUCCAGAACCAGAACCGUCAACGAGUGGUCAACAAAUCGAACAUGAGCUGGAUAUGGUACCAUCUAUUUCAUCAUUGGAGUCAAUUCCGUCAACAGAUCAACUACAGGGUCCCCAUAAUAUUGAGAAGUUUAAUACCAUUGCUGAAACAUUGAGUUUAUCGCCAAUCUCAUCUAGAAACAUGAGAAGUAUGGAAUAUCGCAUAAACAAAUCAUUGCAGAUUACGAAAGCAGUUCGAAAAAAUAUCUUCUGAAUAGAUUCAACGGAUGUUGGCAAAGUGGAGGCGUAUGACGAGAUAAUUAUGCAGUUAAAGGAUAAGUUCAAUCACCCUACAACUGACAGAAGCGAACAGAUUAAAAUACUAUCUGUACUUCCUAAGUCUUGGUCGGUAAAUAAAAUCACAAGAGAGUUUAACGCACCAAUGUAUAUGGCGAGGCAGGUGAAGGAUCUUGUUUAUGAACAGGGUAUUCU